AAUAAUAAUCUUGUAUCAGAAGCUAUGGCUGGUUUCUUUUCAUUAGGAUCUGCCUCUUAUCAUCAUAGCCAACAACAACAUCAACAAAACCCUAAUAAUAUUAAUAAUAAUUCUAACCCAAAUUCUAACCCUACUACUGAAUCCAGCAGUUGGUUUUUAUAUAGUACUACUAGUAGAAACACCAGCACCACCAAUGACCACCGUCCCACCACCAUCACUAAAGAUUUUGAACUAUGGCAACAACCACCUAAUAAUCCAUUAGGUGGUGGUGCAUCUUCAAUGGGUGGUGGUGGUGAUGCAAGGCUAAUAAAUUUCUCAGAUGAAUCUACAUGGGGAUCUGCUGCUUUUGUGAUGAUGGGUCAUCAUGGUGUCACCGGCAGCGGCGGCGGCGGUUCUAGUGGUGGUGGUGUGAGUUGUCAAGAUUGUGGAAACCAAGCUAAGAAAGAUUGUCCACAUAUGAGGUGUAGAACAUGUUGCAAAAGUAGAGGUUUUCAAUGCCAAACCCACGUGAAAAGCACAUGGGUUCCGGCUGCUAAACGCCGGGAACGACAACAAUUUCACUCAUCAUCCGGUGGUUCACAACAACCACCAGACCACCGUCGCCGGGUUGUUCCAGCUGCUUCUAAAAGAACAAGAUCAGCUCAAGAUCAACAACAUCAUGACACUACUAGUUUGGUUCAUCCGGUUGCAUCUACUGCUCUUGCUUACAACAAUUCAACAGGGUUGGAAGUGGGCAAUUUUCCCUCGGAAGUGACGACGGCGGCGAAUUUUAGAUGCGUAAGAGUAAGCUCGAUAGAUGAAACCGACGAUCAAUUUGCAUAUCAAGCCGCGGUGAACAUAGGCGGACAUAUGUUCAAAGGAAUACUUUAUGAUCAAGGCCCGGAAGGUCAAUAUAUGGGGGGAGAAACCUCGUCCGGUGGCAGUGCUGGGAUUCCGCAGCUACAUCUCACCACGGCGUCCCCUGGAAAUUCAACGGCAGCUGCAAAUUAUAUCGGCCAUUCGUUAUAUCCCUCUCUUGGUGGCAACGAUUAUAUGACGAGUACGCAAUUCUUCCAUCAAAUUUCAAGAGAUUAAUUAACUACAUAUAUUCGUCAAUAAUAUGAACAACUACUAUUGACUUCUACACACAAAAUUGGACUUGUUAAUUAGUGUUGUUUUUGGGCCUAUUUAUAAUGUCACACCCUGCAAUUUAUAACUAGUAAAAUGAAGGAUGUGAUGAUAUUGUUAUUCUAUUUAUGCGACACAUAU